CCAGAGUCUGACCGACCCCAUUUUUCGGACAUGGCGCGUCUUCGAGUCCUUCGAGCAUCGCUGCUGGCGCUGACGCUGACCUUUUGGAGCAGGGCCUGGGUGGCGAGUCGGCGGGGAGUUGUGCACGGCAUGCUGGCGCUGCCACUUCCAGCUUUGGCAGAUGUGAUCCGAUUACAACAAGCACCGCUGCCCAAAGAAUAUCGGGACUCCCUGGUGCCCGCAGCUCAAGCCUUGAAAGAGGCCUUAGAGGCUGAAGAAAGUGUUGGUGAUGCCUUCAUUGGGGAGGAAGCGGAAAAGACCUUAAGUGGCCUGGAACAAAAGGCUGGCCAGUUGAUACAGAAGUACGGUGAACGAUACAUGUCUGAGAGAGGGCUUCGACCAGAUGAUCCUCUCAGGGACAACCAGGCAUAUUUUCUGAUGGAGGAUGCAGUUAACAUCUUUGAGGUGGCUGUGAAGACGGAUCAGCUACCAAAAGCCCGAGGCAAGUUGAUCGCGAAGCUGCAGGAGGUGCUGGACUUGGCGGAGAAGGUUGGCAUCCAAGAAUCUUAGAUUCAUAUUUAUAAUAAUUUAACAAAAUUGGAAAAUAA